AUGAAAUUGCUCGUCACAGGCGCCUCUGGCCUGUUGGGGCGCGCAGUAAUGCAAGAAUGCACAAGAGCCGGUCACGAAGUAAUAGGCUUGGCCUUUUCUCGCGUAUCUGGCGCUCUCGUCAAGCUCGACCUUACCGAUGCAGAGGCCAUCCACGGUCUUAUACAGCGUGAACGACCCGAUGUCGUUAUCAAUCUGGCAGCCGAAAGACGCCCAGAUGUGGUGGAACGUGAUCCAGUGGCAGUAAAAAGGCUGAACGUUGAUGCACCGGCUAUUCUGGCCCAAGCAUGUGCCACUCUGGACCCGCCUGCUUAUCUACUCAAUAUCUCCACGGACUAUGUGUUUGAUGGGCGGAACCCACCUUACUUUGUCGAUUCGCCUACCCAUCCAUUGAAUGCAUACGGAAUGAGUAAGCGGGAGGGUGAGAUCGCGGUAUUGGAUGCAGCAUUAGCAGGCCAUGCCACGAACCUUCGACUGCCGGUUCUGUAUGGCGAAACAUUGUAUAAUGAGGAGUCAGCUGUCAACGUGCUCCUGAACUCUAUUCGAUCAAAUGAAAAGCGAAUCAAGAUGGACGCUCAUGCCGUGCGAUAUCCGACGAACGUCUCAGACGUAGCACGCGUGAUUGAACAGUUGUCGUCUCUGUACAAAAAGCAGCUUCAUUCAUCUGCUAUGCCCGAAACACUACAUUUCUCUGCUCAAGAGGCUAUGACAAAGUAUGACAUGUGCCUUGUGCUCAGUCGGCUAUGGAACCUCGUAUGUCAAGAGGAAGUAUCCUCGGUGGAGCAUCUCGACCCACAAUACGAGGCUGAUGCUAAUGCUGGUACUAAACGCCCUGGUCAUUGUAAGCUGGACAUUUCGACGACAAAUGAGCUAGGCAUUGAUACAAGUUGUGUCCCAUUUGAUGAAUGGUGGCGUAACUACUUAGAGCACUGUGAUCGUCCUGCUCCUUUGCAUGGCGAAUCCAAGCUUGACAAUGAUUUUUCAUCGGCGAAGGAAGCAAUCCCUACUGAGGAGGAUGCUGAAAAACAAGAAAUCUGA